CCAUCCAGUUAUCUGAGGAAUGCUUCCUUGGGAGAGUAUCCGCCAACCACGGAGGAGAUACGUGGGGUGCUAACUGACGUCUUAAAGGCUGGGGGAACGAACCGAGCCUCGCAAACCUCUUCGGAUGCACGCAGCCGGCAAGGGGACAAGGCUGGACAGCCCCAACAAUCGGACCUUAAACCGGAUUCCUGAAAAUAAAUAAUUCAAUGUACAGCUCAGAGAAAUUAAACCUACUCUUCAACACCAUGAAUGAAACCACUGUGGAGCCAAUGGUGUGCAAUUCUACGACACUGAAUCAAAUCAAAUCUAACAGUACACAUGCUUCUCCUUGGUUCUCAACAGCGUUUGCAGCUGUUGGACUUAUCUCUAAUCUGUUUGCCUUUGUGGUGCUAAUAAAUGCUUACAGAAAAGCACAGAGCAGGUCAAGAUCUUCCUUCUUGAUUUUCCUAUGUGGCUUGGUUGUGACAGAUUUUUCAGGUCUUGCUACAACGGCAUCCAUAGUUCUAACUUACCAUCAUAUAAAUUUCCAGUGGGAUAAAGUCGACCCUCAGUGCCAUCUUUGCAGAUUUUUGGGAUUUUCAAUGGUGUUCUUUGGACUCAGCCCGCUAUUGCUGGGGGCAACCAUGGCAGUCGAGCGGUUUUUGGGAAUAAACAAGCCAUUUCUGCGUUCUACCAAUUCUUCAAAACGACGUGCUUGGUGUACUGUGUUUAUUGUUUGGCUGUUUUCUUUUUCUACUGGCCUGUUGCCUAUUUGUGGACUUGGACAUUAUACACACCAAUGGCCUAAUUCCUGGUGUUUCUUUAACAUGACAAACAGCACAAGUGAUAUUGCAUUUUCAAUAUUGUUUUCCAGUAUUGGAUUGUUAUCUCUGUCAGUGUCUGUUUUCCUGAAUACAAUCAGCGUUGUUACACUGUUCAAAAUUUGCUGCAACCAAUUAAGUGUUGAAAGGAGGAGAGACCAUGAAGUAGAGAUGAUGGUGCAACUGUUGGGUAUAAUGGUUAUUGCAACAGUCUGCUGGGCUCCAUUGUUAGUACUUAUCCUAAAGAAGGCUUUUACAGAUAUGCCAAGUGACUUGAAAGAAAUUCUAGUGAUUUGCAUCCGAAUUGCCACAUGGAACCAGAUACUGGAUCCAUGGGUUUAUAUAUUAUUCAGAAGAUCGGUUUUGAGGAGAAUCAGCCCAAGCUUUCGAUCGAGACCUUCAAUCUCAUCAUUAUAUCCCAGUAUAAAUGCAUCCUAUAGACGAAGGUUCACACAAGCAUCAGUGACAACCACAUAGUCUAUAAUAACAGCUGAAUUCAGCAAAGGUGCCACUGAACUAGAGUAAUUUGUACGUACUGUAAAAAUGUGUUUUAUAUUCCAUAAAGCUUGCUUCUUCUAAA